AUGGCUUGUUUUGCCAAUGACAUCAAAGUUCUGAAACAAGUUGACAAGCUUCAAGAUACAGUUGGUCUUCAGAACGAUAUUGAAAACAAAGUUGGGCCACGAACAAUGGUUUGAAAUUCAACCAAUCGAAAUGCAAGUGUCAGCGUAUCACACGUAGGAAAACAUCUGUUGAGUAUCCGUACUCCAUUGGUGGUCAAGUUGUUAAAUCUAUGAGUCGAGAAAAGGAUCUUGGUGUCUGAGUAUCGAGUGAUUUGACUUGGAGGAAGCAAGUUGGCGAGCAAAUUACGGGAAGGGAAUAAACUAGUCGAUACCUAUACCUUGCAAUUGUGCGACUAUACCUUGGUUACGCUACCCAGAUUUGGAUCCCCCAGACCAUAGAGUUGAUAAAGCGAGUCAAAAGAGUGCAAAGUUGUGCAACAAAGUUUAUCCUCGGCCUACCGUUACAUUAUAAAGAGAGAUUAGAAGCCUGCAGGCUAUUGUUACAAUAGGUUAAUUGUAUUAGUAUCAUUUAUGCAUGAAUUUAUAAGUAGGUUAUAUAAACCCUCGUAUAGUUGUAUUACAAAUGUAGUUAGUUCGUUUUGACAAGUUCACAAGGUGAACUUUAAAUUUAAUAGUACACUAAACAUGGUGUCAGGAGUGGGAUUUCUGGUGUUGCAGUUGGCCCUGUGGUGGGUUUUCUCGGCGCUGCUUCCGUUGCUGAGUUACUAGGUCCUUCAACACCACAUUCUGGAGCUGUGGACACUUCGCUGGGUAACGUAACUGCAGAUCCAGCUUUGUUGAAGUCCUCGUUGGUUCUUCGAAG